AUGGCGGGGCGGCGCGGCAGCGCAGGGCCUCUCUGGGCGCUGGGCGGCCCUGCGCUGGGGCUCUGCCUCGCGGGGGUCGCCGGGCAGCUGGUGGAGCCCAGCACAGCACCACCCAAGCCCAAGCCGCCCCCGCUGACCAAGGAGACAGUGGUGUUCUGGGACAUGCGCCUGUGGCACGUGGUGGGCAUCUUCUCGCUCUUCGUGUUGUCCAUCAUUAUCACUCUGUGCUGUGUCUUCAACUGCCGCGUGCCGCGGACCCGGAAGGAGAUCGAAGCCCGGUACUUGCAGAGAAAGGCGGCCAAGAUGUACACCGACAAACUGGAGACCGUGCCGCCCCUCAACGAGCUCACAGAAGUCCCCGGAGAUGAUAAGAAGAAGAAGAAGAAGAAGGACAGUGUGGACACGGUGGCCAUCAAGGUAGAGGAGGAUGAGAAGAACGAGGCCAAGAAGACAGGAGAGAAAUGA